GCGUGUCGGCGCAAGUGCCAACGAUAUUGUGACGAACGAGUGGCUGCAAAGCACCAUUGAAAAGAUUGAGACAGUGGAGUAUCACGAGGAGGUAACAGUCAAUGGUAUUCGUUUUCAACCAUUUAAUGCCGGCCACGUUCUUGGAGCAGCUCUCUUUAUGGUUGAUAUUGCAGGCAUGAAGACGCUUUACACGGGGGAUUUUUCCCGAGUCCCGGAUCGCCACCUGUUAGGUGCGGAAGUGCCAAGUUACUCACCAGACAUUCUGAUUGCGGAGAGCACAAAUGGAAUACGUGAGCUGGAGUCACGUGAAGAACGCGAAACUCUCUUUACGACGUGGGUUCAUGAUGUUGUAAAGGGUGGAGGACGCUGCCUGGUGCCGGUUUUCGCAUUAGGUCGCGCUCAAGAGCUUCUUCUUAUUCUCGAAGAAUAUUGGGAGGCACAUAAGGAGUUGCAGCAUAUUCCUAUUUAUUACGCUUCUUCACUAGCCCAGCGAUGCAUGAAAUUAUACCAGACAUUUGUUAGUGCUAUGAACGAUCGUGUGAAACAGCAGCAUGCCAACCAUCGUAAUCCGUUUGUCUUCAAGUACAUUCACUCCCUCAUGGAAACACGUUCCUUUGAAGACACCGGGCCGUGUGUCGUGUUGGCCUCACCUGGUAUGCUACAGUCUGGGAUUUCUUUGGAACUGUUUGAGCGAUGGUGUGGUGAUCGGCGAAAUGGCAUUAUUAUUGCCGGGUAUUGUGUUGACGGCACCAUCGCGAAAGAUAUUCUCACAAAACCGAAGGAAGUUACAAAGCCCGACGGAAAGGUGCUUCCACUUCGUAUGCGUACCAUUCAGUCUGUGUCCUUUUCGGCUCACUCUGAUGGUAGACAGACGCGUGAUUUUAUUCAGGCUCUCCCUAAGACACAACAUGUUAUUCUUGUUCACGGUAAUGUUGGUGCCAUGGGUCAGCUGAGGAAUAAACUGCAGCAGGACUUUGCAGAGCGUGGAAUGAAAGUGUACUCCACCAGGAAUCAGGAGGCGAUACGCAUUCCAUUCAGCGUGCAACGCACAGCCAAGGUGAUGGGAGCCUUGGCAAACAGCCCGGCAAGAAACGGAGAGUUUGUUAGUGGGGCAUUGCUUGUCUCUGGGCAACACUCCUACAACAUUGUGCACCCCACCGAAAUUCCACUCUUUACUGACCUGAAUGUGGCACAGAUCCAGCAGGCUAUGGUACUACCCUUGCCCCGUUACAAGUCGGCACUUGAGGUGCUAGAGGUUUUGCGGCGUUACUUUGCUCAGAGCCAGAUGUUCGAGGAGAUUACUCCACAGCAACAAGACGCUGUGGCUGAUGACAGCAACGGGUAUGAAGCUCAGCACACCAUAAGUACCACCCGCAUUACUGUCUCUGAUAAUGUGAGUGUGGAUGUGCAGCAAAAUGCCAGGUCUCAAACGACAUUGACCAUUACUUGGACGGCCAGUCAUCGCAAUGAUCUUAUUGCCGAUGUGACAUGCAUUGCGUUGGCAAAGAUCAUGCACUUGGAGCAUGGCGCCGAUAGUACCGAUUUUCUCCCUGUUGAUGUCUCUGGCAAUGAUCGUCUUUUCCGGUUGAAAUGCUUCCACCACAUGAUGUCCCAGUUUUACCCCUCAGUUACCACAAACCUUGGAACAGGAGUGUGUACUGUGGAACUUGAGGAUGGGCAAACGGCAACUAUCACGGAUUGCAUUGAAAUUGAGUUGGAUGACAACAAAAAAUCGAGUUACUUUUCUGCCGAGGUGGAACGGCUCAAAAUGAUCUUGAAGCGGGUGUACCUGACCCUUUUCCCCAUCCCCGCCGACCAGGGCUGGUGUGAUUGCGGGAUGAUUCAUGGCGCAGAGCCUUUGCCAGAGGAGGCUGUGUAA